UGUUUAGUACGCAGUCAUUGAUAGAUCCGGCAUUAAGAAGUAAAUAAUGUUAUUUUAUUAAAAAAGAUUAUUAUUAAAGUUAUAAAAAAUUAAUGUUAAUUGUACAUGAGAUAGAAUUUAUUGUGAUAAAGAAUUUAAUAUAUUUAAUAUUAAUAUCAAGAUAAAAGAAAUAUAUGUGUGUGAAAGAUGUCAAAAACAAAGAAGAAUUCACAUAGCAGCGAGGAAUUUAGUACAUCGUAUUCAUCUUCUUCCGUAUCAUCUGACGAGGAGAUUGAUGCAAGAGAUUUAAAGCCUAUGAAAGAUUAUCUUACGAAUCGUAGAGAAUUAGCGCGUCAACUUUUUAAAUCUGUCAAACCUGAAAAGAUACGUAUGAUGUUACCACAAGCAUUAAAGAAAAUGGAUUUUGAAGAGCUAGAAGAAUGGUGUGCUAGCGAAUUAAGUGGGAUGUCCAAAACUCGUGUAUUAUGUAUUUUGGAUGGGAAACCUAUGUUAGAAUCGUCUGACACUAGUGAAUCAGAUGAAUCAGGUCCUUCUUUAGAAAUUAUAUCUGAUACUGAGGAAUGGCUUACCGAGGAUGAUAAUAUUAAGAAAGAAGAUGGUAUGUCUGGAAAAACAAAAGUAAAGAAACAUAAGAAUACAAAUAAAAUAAAGUCACAGAGUAAUAAUAAAAAAGAGGAUAUAGGAAAUUCUAAGAUAAAAGCUAAAAAUACUAAUAAAGAUGGAAGCAAUAAUAAAUAUAAAGAUAUCAAAGUUAAAAAGGAGGAAGAGAAAGAAACGGGUAAAGAAAAGGAAGCUGAUAGUUUGUUAGAUUUGUUAGAAUUAGAAAUGCGUGCUAGGGCAAUUAGAGCUUUGAUACGUAAAGAAGAUGAUAUAAUACCAAAUUCAAAUGAAUCCAAGGCGUUGGCAAAUAAUGGUACAGUUGAAGAAAAUCAUGUUAAUAAAUCUAGACAAGAUGAAAUAAAUGCAAAGGAAAAUUGUCGACGGCAAUUAGAAAAAAUUAUAAAUUCUCAACGAAUGGAUGGAGAUGAAGAAGAUGUAGUAUUAGUAGUUCAGCCCACCCCAACAAUUGAGUUAUUAUCUAGUGAAAGUGAAAAUGAUGAAGUUGGAACAAGGGUAAAUCAAAAAUUAGAAAAUGAACGUAAAAUAGAAAGUACAACCAAUUUGGAUAAUAAAAAUAAUGUUAACAGUUCUACGGAACAAGGAGUUAGAGAAUCAAGAGUAAUAGAAGGAAGAGAUAAUGAUAAAAAAAUUAAUAAUACUAAUGAAGAAAUAUCUCAUCCUCAUACUUCACAUGACAAAAGUAAUUCUUCAUUGUCAUCUACAAAUAUUGCAGAUAAUUCCACAAAACGUAAAAAGGUGAAAAAGAAAUCACAUUCGAAAUGUGAAAUAAGAUCUGAAAGUUCUUUAAAUACAAAUAGUAAAUCUAAUGAAUGUUCAGGAAAGAAAGAGGAGAAAGUUUGUCUGCUUGAAGAAAAAGAAAGAUUAACAGAAAAUAUAUCAAAACCAGAAGAACCUGUCCCUUCUGUAUCAAAUUCAAAACAGAAAGUUGUUUCUGAUGAGGAUAAAUUGGCUGACUUUGAGGAAAUAAUCGAUUUAGAUAAUUACUCUGACGAUAUGGAUGAUUUGGAGAAUUGUGAUAAUGAUAAAAAUAAAUAUAAAGAUAAAGAAAAAAUUCAAAAUAAGGAUAAUAGUAUUAUAAAGGAACAAAAGAGUUCACAGGUAAUAGACACUAAUUCAUCCAAUUCACAGAAAUUGAAAUCGGCUGAAACUUGGGCAACUCGUUAUUAUCAAACAGACGAUGUUCAAAAUGUUAUAAAAGAAUCAAAAAUACAAUCAGAAAUUCGCAAACGUUUAAGAGAACGUCAGAGACUUUCUAAACUUACUAAUUCACCAAAUUUAAAUUCUUCGCCAUCUCGCGUACCAGAAGUUAAUAAUGAUAAGGUAGAAACAAAACCUACUGGUUCUGUCGAAGAAUAUUUAGCUUUGAAACAAGCAAACCAAUCAAAUUUGAAUGCAAGUAGUGACGUUAGCGAUAAUUCUGUUAAUACACAGGAAAAAGAUAAGUGCAUAAAUAUAUGCAAUGAAAAGAACGUAAAUGUGGGAGAUGAAAAAUUAAUUGCUUCUGUAAAUGAAGAAGAUGUACAAAAAUCAAUUGUAACUACUGUAAAUAAUAAUAUAUAAAUUCUUCAAUUGCUUUAUAACAAAUAAUAUCAUUCUUAUAGUAAUGAAUUAGAAUACUCAGGCAUAUAUUUUUAUAAUAAAAAGUAUGUAUAUAUGUACCAUUCUUUUAUUCUUAAAUUACAAAUCUAUU